AUGGAGCUUCUUCGCCUUAAGGAGGCUAUGUCAAACGCUCCACACGCUCAACAGCUCGCUACACAGUUUGCAGCUGAUGCUCAGGAUAUCAGUCACUUGCUACGCGAGUUCAACACGGCCUGUUCCUACAUUCAUCAGGCUCAGAGUCUUUCCGUGCAGCCAAAGAACCCGGAUUUUGAGAGCAUCUGUCUUCAGUUCUCUAGCUUUCUUGAAGAGCUCUCUGGAAUGCAUCGGGCAGAGGCAGAGGAACUGCGCUCAACUCUCUUUCUACCCGCGCACAAACUGCCGAGCCAGCCGGGCUUGCAGUUGGUUGACAACUCAGGCGUCGCAGGAACAGGAGGGGAUGGCGGAGGUGGAGUUACGAGCCUUUUUUUCGCUGACUUGCGAGCCACCCAGCGCCACCGCGAAGCUUGCGAACGCGAGGUGCAUGCUUCUCUCGCCCGCUACAUGCGUCUCACUCGUCGCUGUGCACCUAAGGAACAUGAUGAUGUAGUACUCGAACUUUCACGUCGCCGUCGAAUGUUCCAGCAAGCAGCAGUCAUCUACCAUGCGCGUCUCAACGCAGCGCACUUUGAGCGUGAGAUGAUACCUCUCAAUGCCUUCUUCGGUUUUCUCACAACAUUGCGCAUUCACUGUAAAAAAAUAGCCGAGGUAGUGGAACAGCCCUCGCUGGUUGAAUUCGCUGAGGUCAUCAAAUCUCAGUUCGAUUGCCGACAGGUGCAGUCUACACAAGCGACCGAAGAGUUUCUAAACACUCUCACCAGCAUUCAAAGUCAGUCAUUGGCUCUCUUCGCACCUGAGCCACUCUUUGCAAAAUCAGAUAAGUCUUAUCUGCGUACACCAGAAGCGAAUCUUCUCUCUAAAAGUGGUUACCUCUACAUGCGAGUGAAGAAGACGUUUGGUUUUGAUUGGAAUGAAGUUUACUGCUUUACCCAGGGUGGGAAUCUCCUAUGCCAACAGAAGGGAGAUCUAGGUGCAGGUGUUCUGGUUAAUCUGAAUGGAAAGGGUGUCUUCGCAGAACCAGUGGAUAUCGACGAUCGAAGGUACACCUUCCAGAUAGUCUCCGCAGCUGAGAAGCGAACUGUUGUUCUUCAAGCCGAGAACUCAACAGAUCGCGAUGAGUGGAUUCACACCAUCUCAAAUGUCAUCAUAAACACAAGCAGUUGGACUGCUCAAGGUCAACCGCCUCCGGAACCGAAGCCAGUGGAUCCAUUACCUUUCGUGCUGGUGCCGCGAUCGCAGAUCUCCCUGGAGGCGAGUCAAGGAAGCGCAGAUGAGGAGGACGAUAUGGAGCGAGCAUUGCGGGCCUCGCUUUCCUGCACUGCGUGGAUCGCACAGGCACCUCCAGUCUGCCUCGAACUUACUCCUAUCGACUCUUCUGCUAUCUCAAUCACUGCAGCUGAUGCUGAGCACUACUCAGGUGCCGAAUCGGAGGUAGCGCUUACCUUUAUCGGUAGCAUGCCACUACCCCGAUUCCUCGUUAAUCAGGUUUCGGUGGGGGAAGUGGCGAGUCAUGUACUAUCCAAACGAGUAACGAGUGAAACAUCAACCGGACAAGCUUGUACGGCCCGAUUUACACCGGAUGCCAUCUUCCUACUCUCCUACGCUUCCUCCCCUCCCACCAUCCUCGAUCACUUCAAACUCUCCCAAAUUGUCCACUGCACUGAAGUGAAGGUUGAUUCCGCCAAACCCGGCUCGCGCUACCUCCUUCUGCUAACCCCUGAUUCAAAAGCUCCGCAACAGAGUGAUCAGAUCUCUGGUGAUAUGCUGUUGUGCCACUUCUUCGAGGCAACCAAUCCAGCUGAGUUUGCCGAACGGAUCCUCAAUCUCCAGUUGACACGUUUGGCUGCUCUCAACGAGGGAGGUGAUUCACCCGAAAAGACCAUCAUCAUGGAGAACAUUACAAGUUUUUCUGAUUGGAAUUCACCCGUCACCGAGGAACAAUCUCCGCCCCAGGGUGGGUUGUCCUCUGCCCCAAAGUGGCCUCACUUUUUCUAG